UAUGCCCAGAUCUCUGUGGCUGGGCUGCUCCAGCCUGGCGGACAGCAUGCCCUCGCUACGAUGCCUGUAUAACCCAGGGACUGGCGCACUCCCAGCUUUCCAGAAUUCCUCUGAAAGAGAAGACUGUAAUAAUGAUGAGCCCCCUAGGAAGAUCAUUCCUGAGAAGAAUUCACUUAGACAGACCUACAACAGCUGUGCCAGACUGUGCUUAAACCAGGAAACAGUAUGUCUAGGAAGCGCUGCUAUGAAGACUGAAAAUUGUGUGGCCAAAACAAAACUUGCCAAUGGCACUUCCAGUAUGAUUGUGCCCAAGCAAAGAAAACUGUCUGCGAGCUAUGAGAAGGAGAAGGAACUCUGUGUCAAGUAUUUUGAACAGUGGUCCGAGUCUGACCAGGUGGAGUUUGUGGAGCACCUCAUCUCCCAGAUGUGUCACUACCAGCAUGGACACAUAAACUCAUACCUCAAACCCAUGUUACAGCGGGACUUCAUCACUGCACUGCCAGCUCGGGGAUUGGAUCACAUUGCUGAGAACAUUCUGUCAUACCUGGAUGCCAAAUCAUUGUGUGCUGCUGAGCUGGUGUGCAAGGAGUGGUACCGGGUGACAUCGGACGGCAUGCUGUGGAAGAAGCUCAUCGAGAGAAUGGUCAGGACAGACUCCCUGUGGAGGGGUUUGUCAGAGAGGAGAGGAUGGGGACAAUAUCUAUUUAAAAAUAAAACUCCUGAUGGGAUUGCACCACCCAACUCCUUCUACAGAGCACUUUACCCCAAAAUUAUACAGGAUAUAGAGACGAUAGAAUCGAACUGGCGGUGUGGAAGGCACAGUUUACAGAGGAUCCACUGCCGAAGCGAGACAAGCAAAGGGGUUUAUUGUUUACAGUACGAUGAUCAGAAGAUAGUAAGUGGCCUACGAGACAAUACUAUUAAGAUCUGGGAUAAGAAUACAUUAGAAUGCAAGCGAAUUCUCACCGGACACACAGGUUCUGUCCUGUGCCUCCAGUACGAUGAACGGGUGAUCAUUACUGGAUCUUCAGACUCAACAGUCAGGGUGUGGGAUGUGAACGCAGGCGAGAUGCUGAACACACUGAUCCACCACUGCGAAGCGGUGCUGCACCUCCGCUUCAACAACGGGAUGAUGGUGACGUGUUCCAAGGACCGCUCCAUUGCUGUGUGGGACAUGGCCUCACCCACAGACAUCACCCUGAGGAGGGUGCUAGUAGGGCACCGAGCUGCUGUCAACGUAGUGGACUUUGAUGACAAGUACAUUGUAUCAGCAUCAGGUGACAGAACUAUAAAGGUAUGGAACACUAGUACCUGCGAAUUUGUGCGCACCUUAAAUGGCCACAAACGAGGCAUUGCAUGUCUGCAGUACAGAGACAGGCUAGUAGUGAGCGGCUCCUCAGAUAAUACUAUCAGGCUGUGGGAUAUUGAGUGUGGGGCAUGUUUACGAGUCCUGGAAGGCCAUGAAGAGUUGGUGAGAUGCAUCCGCUUCGACAACAAGAGGAUAGUCAGCGGGGCAUAUGAUGGGAAAAUUAAAGUAUGGGAUCUUGUGGCUGCUUUGGACCCCCGUGCUCCAGCAGGGACCCUCUGCUUGCGAACCCUUGUGGAGCAUUCUGGAAGAGUCUUUCGACUUCAGUUUGACGAAUUCCAGAUCGUCAGCAGCUCACAUGAUGACACCAUCCUCAUCUGGGAUUUUCUGAAUGACCCAGCUGCCCAAGCAGAAUCGACUCGUUCCCCGUCCAGAACGUACACCUACAUCUCAAGAUAAAUAACACUACACUGUACCUCACACUCGCACAGGUAAAAAAAAA